AUGGGCUUAGACAGUCGCUGCCCGAGAGCCGUGCCGGGGUCCCCGGAUCUGGAGAGUGGCCCGGAGGCCUCCCCCCUGCCACCCCCACCAUACGCCGGGGAAGGGGCCUUAGAGUUGCGGGGUUCUCUGGACUGCUGGGCCUGCGCGGUGCUGGUCACGCUCCAGAACUUGCUGGUGGGCCUCCUCAAUCUUCUCUUGGUGGGGCUCAUCUUUGGGGUCAUCCUGUUCCCCGCAGGGAUCCUUCUGGGAUUCGGGUUCCUGUGCCAUUCCAAGUUCUUGGACACCCAGGCCGAGUACUGCACAGCCCAUCUUCAUGACUCCGGCUCCAUCGCUCUCCUCGUGGUGGGAUUCGCUCUCCUGGUGCCUCUCUUGGUCUUGGCGCUGGCUGCCUACUGUCGGGUGGCGCGUCGCCUGCAGCUGGGCUACUGCCUCAUCCCCUACAGCAAAGCCGUCUACAAGAACCUGCCCGUGUCCCGCUACCAGAGUUCCAGUUGCUGCUGCGCCCAGGAUCUUGACUCUGUGGAGAAAGUUUGGGUCUGAGAUGGGAGGGGCAAGGGGGCACGUUGGGACUGGGGGCGGGUGGGGGGCGGAAGCAGUAGGGUUGCCAAUCCCCAGGUGGGGGCAGGGGAUCCCCCGGUUUGGAGACCCUCCCCCCGCUUCAGGGUCGUCAGAAAGCGGGGGGAGGGGAGGGAAAUGUCUGCUGGGAUCUCUGUUAUUCCCUAGGGAGAUUUAUUCCCAUAGAAAAUCGUGGAGAAUUGAUCUGCGGGUAUCUGGGGCUCUGCGGGGGCUGUUUUUGGGGGUAGGAGCACCAAAUUUUCAGUAUGGCAUCUAGUGCCUCUCCCCAAAAUAUCCCCCAAGUUUCAAAAAGAUUGGAUCAGGGGGUCCAAUUCUAUGAGCCCCCAAAGAAGGUGCCCCUAUCCUUCAUAAUUUCCUAUGGAAGGAAGGCAGGCAUUGAAAAGGUGUGCCGUCCCUUUAAAUGUGAGGGGCAGAACUCCCUUUGGAGUUCAAUUAUGCCUGUCACAGCCUUGCUCUUGGCUCCACCCCUAAUGUCUCCUGGCUCCAUCUGCAGAGUCCCCAGAUAUUUCUUGAAUUGGACUUGGCAACCUUAGAAAGCAGCUGGGGGGAGGGAGAAUGGAAAGAGUUUAUUAAGAAGCAUAAAUCCAAUAUCUUCAUCUUCAUUGGGGGAGAAAAGGAAGCGGGUGAGCUCUAAAGAACUGGCUCCCUCCCCCCCCCCCCGCCGACACACAGCAGAUACUUCACAGCAGUGAGGUUUGCAGCAGUGCAUCAGACUCUCCCCACUCUCAGGCUCACAGGUGUGCAAGCCCCCAGAGAGGGGCUGAAUUCCAGCCCAAGACCGCUGCAUCCCCUACGAAGAGAGGGGGAAGAGGAAAGCUGAUUUGGCUGAAGAACUACAGCACCAAAAUCGUCCCUCUGUGGAUCAUAAGCCGUUCAGCCGGGAAAAGGAUCGAUAUAUGCUUUUGCCUGACUUUGGGAGGGGCGAGGAAAAUGUUGCAGUCUUUGCGUUGUCUGGUUAAUGGACAAGAGUAGGUAUUUUGAGUGCCUCCUGGGAUCAUGAUGGGCAGCGCCUGCCCUCCGCUUCCCGAAAAGAAACCUUGAGGGAUGCUGAUAUCUGAUCUUUUCCCUUGUUGCUGAAGGGCGGGGAGUGGGGGGCGGGAGUUGGAGAAUUUGACUUAUCCAUACUGGGAGCUGAGCAGAUGGGGCAGAUUUAAGUGAAGUGCAGCCUUCCCUGUAAGCUGCGGGGUCUUGUGAGCAAAAAUUCUACUUUGUGAGCGACUGGCAUUAAAGUGGUGAGCUGCUGCAUCAAUGAGGGUGCUCUGGGAUCAUCCGUCCUGAGCGAAGACAAAAAAGGUGUGAGCUGGAGGCUAAAAAUCUGUGAGCUAGCUCACACUAACUCAGCUUGGAGGGAACACGGGUGAAGUGUGUGACUGGAACGGGGAGUGGGGGGGGGGGAAGCUAUCCGCCCUAGCAAGAAGCUCUCUUGGGGCCAGCGGAACUCAUUGCAACUUGAUCUGCGCUUGCUGUUUAGCGAUGGGGCAAGCGAUAGGAAAGGGAGGCAGAUGAAUGGCCCCAUGGAUCAUUUUGCUGCGGCAAUCUGAAUUUCAGCCCAAGUUGUGUAGCAGACAUCUACUGCACCGGGGUGGGGUGGAGCCUCACAAGUUCUGUAUGGGUCAGCCCUUUGCUCUACUUGCCUUCCAUUCUUGUGAUAUUCAGAGCUCUUUUUUUGUAGCAGGAACUCCUUUGCCUAUUAGAAUCAUAGAGUUGGAAGGGACCUCUAGGGUCAUCUAGUCCAACCCCCUGCACAAUGCAGGAAACUCACAAACACCUCCCCCUAAAUUCACAGGAUCUUCAUUGCUGUCAGGUGGGCAUCCGGCCUCUGUUUAAAAACCUCCAAGGAAGGAGAGCCCACCACCUCCCAAGGAGGAAGCCUCUUCCACUGAGGAACCACACUAAUGGUCAGGAAGUUCUUACUAAUGUUGAGCCGGAAACUCUUUUGAUUUAAUUUCAACCCCUUGGUUCUGGUCCUACCUUCCGGGGCCACAGAAAACAAUUCCACACCAUCUGACAACCCUUCAAGUCCUUGAAGAUGGUGAUCCUGUCACCUCUCAGCUGCCUCCUCUCCAGGGUAAACAUCCCCAGCUCCUUCAACCUUUCCUCAGAGGACUUGGUCUCCAGACCCCUCACCAUCUUUGUCGCCCUCCUCUGGACCCGUUCCAGUUUGUCUAUAUCCUUCUUAAAAUGCCACACACCCCUGAUGUAGCCAAUCCUCCUGGAGCUUCCAGGGCUCUUCUUCCAGGAUUGGCUACAUCAAGGGGGUGUGGCCUAAUAGGCAAAGGAGUUCCUGCUACAAAAAAAAAAAAAAGCCCUGGAUAUUAUACAUAUAUCUCUAAAAACUUCUGCUUGGCUCAGUCAUCAAGCUGUUCUAAUCUGAAAUGUAUUGAGACAGUUCCUUCAAUAUACUUCUUUUCCCC